AAGGGAGGGACCUGGAGGACUCAGGGUAGGAUUGUAGAGCUCAGGGACAGGGAGUGGAGGGCGCCGCGGUGAGACCGCUGUUGUGUAGUUGUUAGACUGGGCGGGGCUGGGACGCAGGCGGGACCCGUGGGGACGCGAGCCCGGGCGCCAAAUGCCCAGACAGAGGCGACCGCGGGCUCGGCUUGGCCACGACCUCUCGGCACCCUUAGGCCUGUGCACCCUGGCUGUCUGCCCUUGGUCCCCAACCCACCAUGCCCUCACCCGCGCCUCCCACCGAGCUGCUGCCGUGGGAGCGCGCGGUGGUGCUGCUGUCGUGUGCGCUGUCAGCUCUGGGCUCGGGCCUCCUGGUGGCCACGCACGCCCUGUGGCCUGACCUGCGUAGCCGGGCGCGGCGCCUGCUACUCUUCCUGUCGCUAGCGGACCUGCUCUCGGCUGCCUCGUACUUCUACGGAGUGCUGCAGGACUUUGCGGGCACUUCGUGGGAUUGCGUCCUUCAGGGCGCUCUCUCUACUUUCGCCAACACCAGCUCCUUCUUCUGGACGGUGGCCAUCGCCCUCUACCUAUACCUCAGCAUCGUCCGAACUACGCGCGGGCCCUCCACGGACCACCUAAUCUGGGCUUUUCACCUCAUCAGCUGGGGUGUCCCGUUGGCCAUCACAGUGGCAGCCGUCUCUCUAAAGAAGAUAGGCUAUGAUGCCUCGGAUGUGUCUGUGGGCUGGUGCUGGAUCAACCUGGAGGCUGAGGACCGUGUCCUGUGGAUGCUACUGACCGGGAAGCUGUGGGAGAUGCUGGCUUAUAUCUUGCUACCUCUGCUGUACCUUUUGGUCAGAAAGCACAUCAACAGGGCGCACCAGGCGCUCUCGGAGUACCGGCCCAUCUGCGAGGGGCGCCAGCUGCAGCGAGGCUCCUCCACUUCCACGGCAGAUAAGAAGUUGGUCCUCAUUCCGCUCAUAUUCAUCUGCCUCCGCGUCUGGAGCACCGUGCGCUUUGUCCUGACGCUCUGUGGUUCCCCGGCUGUACAGACACCCGUGCUGGUUGUUCUGCAUGGCAUUGGAAACACCUUCCAGGGAGGGGCCAACUGCAUCAUGUUCGUCCUCUGUACCCGGGCAGUCCGCACAAGGCUCUUUUCUCUUUGCUGCUGCUGUCCUCGGCCCUCCACCCAGAGCCCUCCGGGGGCUCCUACGCCCCCCAAGAUAGGAGAAUCUCAGGAAUCCAGACGGACCCCAGAAGUGCCCAGCACUUGAGCGGUUGGCUUUCCUCCCUGUCCGUACUGGCGCUGCCUUCCUGGUUCCUGCUUCAGGAUUAGGAGACCAAGCAUGCUGUCAGCCUGGCCUAAAGUGAAGAUCGGAGCCCAGUGGAGGGACAGCCAUCAGUAUGGACUCUUCUACCUCCCAGACUUGCAGGCAGGCAGUGUGUUCCUUGCACACUCAUGUCCUGGUUCAGUGGGGUUUGUUUGUGUAAGCACAAAGACCGUGAGACUCAGCUAUGCGGGAUACCGCCAGGGCAUUGGUUCUCAGUGUCCCCGGCCACCAACGUUGUUUACAGUUGGAGGGAUCCGUACCUGUGGACCCAUCCCAGGCUUGACUGAAUAAUAAUGAACACCAUCUUGGAUCCCAGACAUCGCAGUAUGGAGUCCGGGCUUGCCAGGGCGUUGAGAAUCCCUAGAGACCCUGGGGGUAAUUAGCAGUGCUGGUCAGCUGAGGGUAAUAUCCUUAAACUAGGUCCCAAGUCCACGGAAGUCACAGGAGACUGCCAUCAUUGAUGAAAACCACCCGGGCACACACUCAUGGGCAUCUCACGGAAUCUCUGCGUGGGUCAUCGCCCCUCAGUGUUUAUUACAUCUGAAUUUCAGCACAGGCCAGAGUCCAGAGUCCUGUCCAUUAGUCAAUCACUUAACAUCCUCGUUCCCUCCAGGUACCAGGACAGAAGGCAGCUCAGCUCCAGCCCCUAUGGACAAUUACCAGUUCACCUACUGUUCUCACAGAGCCCUCUCCUCACGGUGACUCAUACAGGGGGAGGGGGUCUGGCUCUGCACUUUGCUUAGGAAAGGUGACCAGUGAAUGGAUCUGAUUCCACCCUGAAGGUGAAUGUUUGAAGAGUCAGCCUCGGGCUGGCCUGUAGCUCCGUGUAGUUUCCAGGUUGGUCCUAGCACCCCAAAUACUUAAAAGGCCUUUGUGUUUUGUAGUUAUCUGGGGGAUAUAGAAAUAGGAUUCUGAGAUGAUUACAUUUUAUUUUGUUUUUUUGAGACAGGGUCUCAUGUGGACAUGCUGGCCUGGAACUUGUUAUGUAGAUCAGGCUGGCCUCCAACUCACAGAGAUCCACCUGCCUCUGCCUCCUGAUAGUUACAUUUUUAAAAAAAUGUUGUGUUGUGUUGUGCCUGUUAGGCAGGUGCUCCGCCACUGAGUUCAAUCCCAUGCCCCUCCCCACUCCCUUUUUUUUGAGACAUAAUCUUACUAAGUUGCCUAGACUGGCCUUCAACUCUCAGUCGACCAGGCUGGUCUUGAACUUAAGAUUUUCCUACCUCAACUUCCCAGGAAGCUAGAAUUGUCGCCUUUGGCUAGCAAGCCUGGCCAGAGCGGGGCUUAACUGAGAUCUGCUCAGUGGCUCUUCCACCCACACAUCCCUCAUUUCAGAAAGCAGUGUGUGCCGACGUGCAGGCUCUCGGUGUGGGAAGUGUGCCCGCCACCUUGCAGUCAAGGUGAGGUAGCGCCCUUGGAUUCUGUCAAUACCCUCACAAAACCGAGAGGAUGCUCAGAGCCUGGCUCAAGAUGGAAGCAGAGUCACACGGGGCAUCAGCGCCCAUCUCUAUCAGGAAAGGAAUAGUCGCGCAGAGGGCUGUGUCUGUAUGCUCCUCUUCUGGCUUCCUAAAGCAUUUCUUUAGGAAACUCUACAAGAGGUGGGUUCCCUUUUGGGAGUCUAAGAAAGCUCCUUGGCUUGGUACUCUGUCUGCUUACAAAACCAGUCUGUGUAGGGUGUCCUGAGAUCCUGUGAAGAUAUUACAGCCAAUGUGUGCACUGUCAGCGUGUAGCGCAGCGGUAAUGGAUCUCCUGGCUUCUAAAAUGGAACAGAAAUUCUAGGAAUUUGUCUCCUGGAGGGGAGAAAAUAAACCACCAAAUACUACGGAGGAAAUGAUGUUGGAUAAACCCAGCUGGACAGAGCAGUGUGAAACCCUGGCUGUUUGGGGCUUUGUUCAAGGAAAGGCAGGCAGGGGGCAUCCGAAAGCCCUGCUCCUGGAGCCUGGGGCUUACCCAAGUUUUCUCUGAUGCCACUGGCCAGGAUUGCUGUCCGUAAAACCCCCUACAAAGUCUACACUUGGCUCUUUCCAUCUGUUUCCCAUGCUGCCCUGUCACCGAAGGUGGCUGGUGGUGACCCGAGGCCCGGUGCCUGACCUCUAGCCCUACGUGCUCACAGACAUCAACCUUAGCUCAGCCGGUGGCCAAGUGGGUCUUCUAGGCAGCCAGGGUUCAGAGCUGAAGAGGAAUAGAAGAAUCCUUGGGGCCAGGAGGGGCCUUAGCACCGGUGAGGACCAGCUCCCCUUUGCUUUGCUCAGCCUCGUGGGUUCCUAUCUCUACUAGGAAGUGUCAUUAAUAUCUGUCUGUCCGUGUUCCUCUGUCACCCAAAUGUGACCUCAGCCUUAAUGGGUGCUACAGCCCCCACACCCUUCUUAAGCACUUUAUGAAUUUUUUUUUUCCGAGACAGGGUUUCUCUGUAUAGCCCUGGCUGUCCUGGAACUCACUCUGUAGACCAGGCUGGCCUCGAACUCAGAAAUCCGCCUGCCUCUGCCUCCUGAGUGCUGGGAUUAAAGACGUGUGUCACCACCGCCUGGUACACUUUGUGAAUCUUGUUCUGCAAAUCCGUUGCCAGCUGCUUCCUGCCUUUGACUUUCUGAGGCAGAGAGAGAGAGAGGGAGAGAGGGAGAGAGGGAGAGAGAGAGGGAGAGAAUGUGUGUGUGCGUGAGAUAUUAUGCUCUAGCAUUUAUCUCUCUUCAUUUUUUUUUUUUGUUUUGUUUUUUAAGUUUCGAAACAGGGUUCUCAGGCUGGAGAGAUGGCUCAGCGGCUAAGAGCACUGACUGCUCUUCCGAAGGUCCUGAGUUCAAAUUCCAGCAACCACAUGGUGGCUCACAACCAUUUGUAAUGAGAUCUGAUGCCCUCUUCUGGUGUGUCUGAGGACAGAUACAGUGUACUUAUAUAUAAUAAAUAAAUAAAUCGUUAAUUUUUUUUUUAAAAAAGAAUCAGGGUUCUCACUACUUGUCCAGGCAGGCCUUAAGCAGUUUUACUGUUUCUGGGAUUACAGGCCUAUGCCACCCCGAGCCGGCUUUUUAGUUUGUUCUCUCUGUCUCUCUGUCUCUCUGUCUCUCUCUCUCUCUCUCUCUCUCUCUCUCUCUCUCUCUCUCUCUCUCUCUUUCUCUCUCUAUGUGUGUCUCUUUCUCUCUCUGCCUCUCUGUCUGUCUGUCUCUCUCUCUGCUUCUCUCUCUGAAAAUAAAAAUAAAAACUAUUAUGUGUCCAAAGUACAAAUGAGACCAUAUGUGUUUGUUUGUAUGUGUACGGGUAUUUUGUGUGUACGCAGUUCCCUUAGAGGCCAGAGGGACUCUGAUCCCCUGAAUCUGGAGUCAUAGCUGUGAACUCUGGGCAAAGGGAACUAAGCCUGGGUCCUUUGCAGGAACAGCAACGCUCUUAUCUGUUGAGCUAGCUCUCCAGCCCUCUCUGCAAAUGUUUGUGUGAACUCACAGUUGUGGUAUAAUUAAACCUGGCAUGAGAUUUUU